GAAUUUUGUUUCUCUUUGCUCCUCUCAGCAACCAAACUGGACUGGUCUUGGUAGAGAAAGUUUACCAUAAGGCAAAAGAUGAAAAGUUUAUGGUACUUUGUGGUGCUGGUACUUUCAACCCUUUCCCAGUGCAUUGACUGUAUAGAACUUGUAAAAUCUGCUGAUCUGGACCACUUAAAACUUUCUGGUUACGAGGAGAUUUGUGCCUCAGAUUGUGUCAAUACUGGAAACAUAACGGCCUUUUUUGGGUAUCCCCGUUACAUCAAAUAUUAUCGGAUUACUGGCAUAAAGGUUUUCGUCAUGUACUCUGCAGAGGGCAACCAGUUAUACCCAACCAACGGCUGGAAAGCGUAUUGCAAUAUGAAUGUCCACUACCACGGAAAUGGGAAGGUUACAUGUUAUAGAGAUAAAUUUCCAUGCUGGUGCUUUGACAAAGAUGGAAGAUCAAGGAUGAAGUUUUUCCCUUUACAAUACCCAGCCUUCUAUCAGAUUCAGGUUCAAUAUGAAGGACAGAGCAUCUACACCAGAUACUUACAAAGUAGCAAUUGGUUUCAUCAUAAGCAAACUCCAGAGAUGGAUCAAUACGCUAAUUUAUAUUCGACAUCCAAGGCAAAAUUAGACAGUUGCCAUUAGCACUCAAGCGACACCGUCUAUUCAGAGAGUAGUUUUUCCUUGAACUGAGCCUUGUCAGAACCAGUCACCUGAUCAACCAUGUUAGACACACAUUCUAUUCCAGUUUGUUUUUCAAACGUAUGUUUAAAAAAAAAAUGUACGGUAAUAACGAGGAACAAAAACGCGAAUUGAUUUAGUUCAUGUACACGGAAGAUUUUAAUUUUUGCAAAAUGUUUUUUUGGUUGCUAAUUAUGCUCUAGUAACAAUUAGCUAGUAUAACCAUUAAUUGUUUUUUUUACUGUUAUUUUAGUUAAAUUUUUACCUUUUGAGACAAGUUGUCUGUGUGGUUAUAGAAAGGUAAUUUAAAUUAAUGGUUGCUUUUACAAUAUUGGUUUUAAAUUGUAAUUAAGUCAUAUUAAGAUUUUAAUAAAAUAUGAAUGAUUCUAAUUUAAUUUUAUGUUUAAGCGUUAAAUGUUUUAACAUUGAGCGACACUUUGACUAAUUAAAAACAAUAAUUAAAGAUAUGAAAGAUCUAUUAAGUUUUUUAACUAAAAUGUCAUUAACUUAUAAUUAAGAAUUAAUAUUAUCCUAUUUUAGAGAUGUUAUAUUUAAAUUUUAAUUGUUUUAACAUUGUGUGCAAAAUUUGUCUAA